AUGGUUGCGUCGCCCAAACAUUUUACUUUCCGCAAAAGAUCUGUUGGCGACCCAGGUAGCGGACAAGCGGGCGGGCCCGAUGCCUUGGACACUGCAGUUGACCAGGACAAUGUUGCAACCAACUCCAGCUCAGUUCGGCCAUCGUUACGGUCGUACUCAAACGCUGAGCCAGUCCGCUCUAGCACGUUAGGUUCGUUUGAUGCUCAGCUUACGGGUGUUCCCCGUAAAUUUUCAUCAGAUACACAAGUCACCCAGCUUGAAAAGACCGCACAAACCUCUGGGGAUCCGCUGGGUCUGAAGGUUCUUCACAAUCCACAAGGAGAGCGGAGGGUUGAUAUUGUGUUUGUUCAUGGUCUUGGAGGUAGCAGCCGAAUGUCAUGGUCAAAAAAUCACAAUCCUGAUCUUUUCUGGCCGCUGAAAUUUCUCCCAUUUGAGCCAGACAUCAACGAAGCACGGCUAUUGACGUUUGGAUAUAAUGCGAAUUUCGGCCCUAAAAGCCGAAAAAACAAAAUGUCAGUCCUUGACUUUGCGAAAGAUCUGCUUUAUGAUCUAAAGUAUGCUAAAGAUGAGUCUGCACCGGAGCUAGAAGAACUUAGAAUGGGAGAGCGGCCCAUAAUAUUCAUGGUUCAUUCCAUGGGCGGACUUAUCGUGAAAGAAGCAUAUAUGCAGGGCCAGAACGAUCCCACCUACGCCUCUAUUGUCAAGGCAGUAUCUUCAAUCAUCUUUCUGUCUACUCCUCAUAGAGGAACAAAUUUGGCAGAAACUCUCAAUCGCAUUCUUCAAGUGUCCUUCAUUAACAGUCCGAUGCAGUUCAUAGCCGAGCUUUCUAACGGGUCCCAAUCACUACAAAAGCUCAACGAGCAAUUCAGGCACAUAGCACCGAAAUUGCAAAUUGUCUCCUUCUAUGAGACGCGGCCCACCAAAAUUCUUAAGAAGACUCAAAUUAUGGUUUUGGAAAAAGAUUCAUCUGUUCUGGGUUACCCAGGAGAGAUAUCGAGACCUCUUGAUGCGGAUCAUCAUGGAAUUUGCAAAUAUGAAAGUCCAGAUGAUCCUCGAUACAUUAUAGUGAGAAACGUUCUCAAGACAUUUGUGGGAAAGGCCAAGCCAAUAAGUGUGCAAAAAAGUGGAAGCUCCAUGAGUUUUGAGGAAUAUCUAUCAGCAACCGAGUCGCCCGAAAGAGACUAUAAUUUCUACCGAGAUCAGUGGGUUCCUGGGACUUGUAGCUGGAUACUAGAUCAACAAAAUUUCAAAAGCUGGCUGGAAGACGAACGCUAUUCUCCCAGACUUUUGUGGGUCCAUGGUAACGCCGCAAGUGGGAAGUCAAUUCUUUCUGCUUUCGUGAUUGACCAUCUCGUUCAGCUUGGUUUGCCUUGCCACUACUUCUUCAUUCGUUUCGAGCACAAGAAAAAACAAAUGCUGGCCCACAUACUACGUUCCAUGGCUUGCCAACUGGCCAACUCAAUACCGUCAUAUGCCGAAAAGCUCCGGCAACUCGAGACUGCUGCCACUGACCUCAAAACAGCGGAUUAUCGGAACAUUUGGCAGUGGCUAUAUAAGCAAAGUCUAUUCCCGCUGGCCAUCAAUUAUCCCCUUUAUUGGGUUAUUGAUGGCGUUGAUGAAGCCGAGAGUCCAGAAUCUAUUAUCAAGGUUUUGUCAGAUCUACAUAUGACCGCCAUUCCGAUACGUGUUUUGCUAGUAAGCCGACAAACCCAUGAAUUAAACUCAGCAUUCCAGAAAUUGGCAAAGCACGUCCACUUGGGGACUAUUCGGACAGAGGGCAGUCAGGACGACUUUCUCCGCUAUAUUCAUCAAGAAUUAGAUGUUGCUGGUGAUGACCUUUUCAAGGAGCAAAUAGUUUCGAAAAUUCUUGAGCGAGCACGAGGCAACUUUCUUUGGGUUCAUCUUGCCGUUAGAAGAAUCAAUAAGUGUCACACGAAGAUCGACGUGGACAACGCUCUGAACGACCUUCCAGCUGGCAUGGAAGCUCUAUACGAUCGAAUGGCUUAUUUCAUACAGACACAGCCUAAUGUUAACGAUCAGAUACUUGCUGAAAAUAUUCUCGGCUGGGCUACAUGUACCCAGCGACCCCUCAGCGUGGAAGAGCUCUCGGACGCACUCGGUAAUGAGGGUUUGCUCGAGCUUCAUAGAACGAUUGGCGAUUUGUGUGGCGGCUUUGUAGUUAUUGACAAAGAGGGUAAGGUUGCCAUGGUCCACGCAACGGCCAGAGAGUAUUUACUACAUGGAGACAAUGAAGAUCAGCGCAUUACAAUCGACAAGAGGUCUACGAACAAUGAGCUCUUCAAGCGAUGUAUCGGACGUCUGAUGGAUCCGGUAGUUCGAAACCAGAUAAUGAGAAAUCUUGCGCCUGCGCUGCUCGAAUAUGCGACUACUUCAUGGUUCAUUCAUCUCUCCAACGGAUCGGCAACUCGUCCUGAUAUCCUAGAGAUAUUAGUGAAGUUUCUGCGGGGACAACAUAUUCUUUUGUGGAUUAAUGUUGCCGCUAGAAUGAAACAACUCAAAACGCUGGUUGUUGCUUCUCGACACUUGGCUGAUGUCGCACUACGACUCCAAAAACUUGGUGAAACCGAGUUCCUUGUGCAGCACCAAGCUGUUGGCAUCAUUGCCCGCUGGGCCACGGAUCUCGUCAAAAUUGUUGGAAAGUUUGGAAACAAUUUAAGUCUGAAUCCAGAGUCAAUCUAUAAAUUGAUCCCCCCUUUCUGUCCGGAGGAUUCAGCAAUUUAUCAACAAUUUGGCAGCAAGGAGAGUAAAAUCCUCCGUAUCUCUGGUUCAGCGAACAAUAACUGGGAUGACUGUUUGACUCGAUUUUUACUAGAGCAGAAAGUUCAAACGUCAGCGAUUCAUGCUGCUGGAAGCCAGAUAGUUAUUCUAGCGAAUAAGCAAACCACAGGUUUUAUUUUCAUCUAUAAUUCUGUUACCUUUGAAGAGGUGCGUCGAAUCACGCAUCCUGAGCGAGUUUUCAAAAUCCAAUUAGACAACAUGGGGGAUGUCCUUGUCAGCUACGGUUAUACUACAACUAGGGUGUGGAAGACCACAACUGGCGAAUGUGUCAAGAUUGUCAAUAAUCCAAUCAAGCGGCCGAGGCCCCAAAGUCUACAUUUUUUACAGGGGGGGAAACUUCUUCUCGCUGCGUUCGAAGAUCGCGUUAUUCGAACUCUGAGUCUUGUCGAUGACAAAUCUGUGGAGUGGGAAGCGAGAUCACACCUCGACGAGAAGAGCGAGGACGAUACUAUAAUAAGUGCGCCAACAUGCUCUGCCAUCAGUCCUGGCGGUGACAUGAUUGCAUUUGGUUAUCGUGCACAUCCCGUCUCGGUUUGGGAGCUGAACCCGCCAAUGCACGUUGCAAAAUUCAACAUGGCGUCUCAUGAAACGGACAAGACUAUUCAAGAGUAUAUUGUGGGCGAGGUCAUUCAAAUCGCAUGGCACCCGUUCAGUGGAGAAAUACUUGGUCUGCAUCGUGAGGGACGCCUAUUUAGAUGGAAUCCGUAUGAUGACGAUGAUAGUAUUAACGUGAACAGUGGGGCUUACCACUUGUCCCUGAGCAGGGACGGUUCCCUGGUUGCCACUGGCGAUACUGUCGGCGCUCUCAAAGUUUACGCAACAGCAGAUUUAUCUUUGUUGUAUCAGCUUUCAUCACAAGAUCCUAUUCUACAUCUAUGUUUCAGUACGGACUCUAGGAGGCUCUACGAUGUUCGAGGAACCUAUGGUAACGUGUGGGAGCCGGGCACUCUGGUCCGUCUUGCAGAUAGCUCUGAGUAUCCUGAUCACAAUAGCGAUGCGUGGAGCGAGAGCGAAAGUCUCGCGAAACUUUCUCUUCACACACAGCAAUACUUUCCUAGAACCGACAAUCUAACAACGCUAGCCGGACAAUCAAUUAGACCUUUGUAUUGCUACGGAACUGAUGAUGGCAUCGCUUUCUUGUGUGAAGUUGGUCGCGGAAAGGUGUGCGAGUUAGAGCGAUUGACAAGCUACAUGCCGAUCGAGCAGAUCGUAUGGAGUGAGGAUGGAGAAGUCGUCGCGGUUGCAGAUCUGAGCGGAAGGUUGGCUAUCAAAAUGAUUGAGAAAGCUGGAGAUGACCUCGAAACGUGGCACGUCAAGCACGGCUCUCACUUCAUGGUCCCUUCUCAAAACGGCCAUAUCAGACAGCUUUUGUUUCACACAACAAGUCGUAGAGUGUUUGUCUAUACCGAGAAUAUUUUAUACGCUAUUGAUAUUGACAGUGGUGUUAUGAUCGAGUCAGUACUGCCGUCGAACAUGCCAGAAGUCAAGUGGAUCUGCCAUCCAACACUACCCAACUAUCUUCUCGGAUUCGGAAGCGUGGGGAUUUAUGUCUAUGCUUGGGAUAAGCUGGAACAAACGGCAGCAAAUACUUAUGUUACUAGCAGCUCCGAUCAAACUGAGCUCGGGUAUAGCACUGAACCGGCAGUAGCAGGAUCUCUGCGGAGGCUGAUCUCGCAUGUAGACUCCCCUGAUAUUCUCCUACAGAUUGGUAACGAAGCUUCAUCUGGCGAAAUGAAAAACCAAUACCUGAUUUUCAAAGUCGCCGAAAUACGAGUUAGCAGUCCAGGUGUUACCGAUGACGCCUCGGCUGCACCCGAAAAGCUAUCAUAUACGCUACUACCAGACGAUAUUGCAGCGAGGAUAUGGGAGCCUCUAGCAUUCUUUUCCCGCGGGAGACUCGUAUUUCUCGACGUCGAUCGCUGGGUAUGUACGUGGCGAAUGCCUUCAGCAGCCAAACGACCGAGUGCUUGGGGCUCUGAGGCUGGAGCCACUGGUGUUGAGCGGUACUAUUUUCUGCCUCGGGACUGGAUUACUUCCAGUGAAGCUCAGCUAUGCUCGAUAACGCCGGAUGGGACACUGCUUUGUCCCAAGAAUGGGGAUGUGAUGACGGUGCAGUACUCUAAGCUCCGCAAAUAA